UGCGCCGGAAGCACUCUUAAUCCUGCCGGAAGCACGUUUGUUGUUGGAGAGGGGUCGACGCGGAAGUGCAGCUUGGAGGGGAACGAUGGGUUGCGACGGGGGGACCAUCCCCAAGAGACACGAAUUAGUGAAAGGGCCUCGGAAGGUCGAGAAGGUUGACAAAAAUGCAGAAUUAGUGGCACAGUGGUACUACUGCACACUGAGUCAAGAAGAAUUAAGGAGACCAAUUGUAGCCUGUGAGCUGGGAAGGCUGUAUAACAAAGAUGCUAUCAUUGAAUUUUUACUGGACAAGUCAUCUGAUAAAUCCCUUGUGCAGGCUGCAUCCUAUAUCAGGAGCAUUAAGAAUGUAACAGAGCUGAACCUUGCAGAUAAUCCAGCUUGGAAAGGUGAUAAAGGGAACACAAAAGGUGAUAAAUAUGAUGACAUCCAGUGUGCACGCUUUAUUUGCCCUGUGGUGGGCUUGGAAAUGAAUGGAAGACAUCGCUUUUGUUUUUUGCGGAAUUGUGGCUGUGUGUUCUCUGAACGUGCUCUUAAAGAAAUUAAAACAGAAGUUUGUCACCGGUGUGGUGUUCCCUUUCAAGAUGUUGAUGUGAUUAUACUUAAUGGUAAUAAAGAUGAUGUGGAAGUGCUGAAGAAAAGAAUGGAGGAGAGAAGGCUUAAGAGUAAAGUGGGAAAGCACAUACAAAAGUGGGCUUUGAAAAUCUUGCCAAGAGAUGCUAUUGAACUAAUAUUUUUUCAGCCUUCUAAGAAAUUAAAAUUAACUGUUCUACUAAGCUUUGUUUUUCAAAAAUCAAAGAAAUGUAAGGUAGUGGAAUCAGUCUCUCAACAAGACACCACUGAAGAUGCUCCAGGACCAUCAGAAGUAAAGACUGCGAAAGAUGACCUGAACACUAAUUCUGGAGAAAGGAAACAGAUUAUCUUCACAAAGAGUGCAGAAGCUAAUGGAAGUUCUUCUGCAUCGGGAAAAAUCAGUAAAGCUUCAGCUGGCACCACCAAGAGAUCCAUUGCUAACAGUGAGGAGAAAUCAGAGGCAUACAAGUCUAUUUUUACGUCACACAGCUCAGCAAAACGCUCAAAGGAAGAGUCUUCCAAUUGGAUUACUCACACGGCAUACUAUUUCUGAAACAAUUGUAUGCAUGAUUGUAAAAGUCAUUGCUGCUUUUCUUCCCUGGGGCUUUUUCUGUGUAACUCUGAUACAGGGUGUUCAUUGUAAUCUGAUAUCUGGAAUUAUUCAUUUUUCAAAUUGUUUAUAAACUUGUAAAUAACCAGUGUACUUAGGUUGUUUACAGCUAUUGUUAAAUAAGAAAUAGAUGGCCAAAAUCCAUGUCUGGUAAUGUGACUUAUUUUAAAAGAUUAUUUACAAAAAAUAAUUCUUUGGGGUCAGAUUCUGCCAUCCUUAGUUAAACGGAGUAGUAUUUUAUACUUGAUUGCAGUUCCAGUUAGGAUUGCAGAAUCUGCUUACUAGUAAAUAUAUCCUUCUAUGCUUUUAAAUGUAGAAUGGAUUACCUACAUAAUUUUAGCUGCAGUUGUAAUUGAACUUCUCUUUGUGUUAGUUAAGACUGAAUUUAAUGUUUGUAACUUUUGACACUGCUUGAUAACAAAUCUCCCCCCACAAUAUUUCCUCUCUUACAUUAACUAAUUUGACUCAAGUCAAAACCAGUACAGUCUCUCUCAAAGGUGCUGGAGAUCACUUUGAAUUAAUGUAUGUCAGGAUGGAGUCAUUUAGAAAGCUCGGUGUGAUCUCUGAAAUAAAGUAAAAACUUUUUUACAAUAGUCUUCUGUUCCAUUUCAAAGGAAAAUGAAGGUGGGGGAAAUGUUUUGCUAUUUACUGCUAAAUUAUUUUUAAAGGAGGCACCAAAAUUGUUUUUUUGUUCCCUGCAAAAGUGUUCUAGCUUUUUUCCCCUCUUACAUUAGAAAUACCAAGUCUGGGCUUCUAUCUUUUUGGUGGAGAACUGUGGAGGAUAAUGGCAUCACACCAUGCUGAAACUUGAGCUGGAGCUUUCUUCCUUGCAGUUGAAGUAGCACUGAGGCUGGGUUUUGUACAUCAUUAAGCAGCAAUUUGCCUUUAAUUAAAACAAAUUAAUGGAUCCAAAUCUUUUUAGCUCAACUAAAAAAUAUGAACACACUUAUUACCAUAACUUUUGAUGUUUUGAGACUUUGGAGAAGCAUUUAGUUCAUCUGGUUAAAGCUGUUUUAUGAACCUAGCACAUUAAAAUAUCAGUGUGUUUAAACACAUUGAAAGAUUGGUGAUUCUGACUCAAGGUUUGGGUGGAAGAGAGAAGAAUUCUACCGAGAACUCCUUGGAGAAAUCAAUAUCAAGCUCAGUUUUUAAAAAAAUAUUUGCUUCUGUGCAAAGAAAACUGCCUUUAGCCCAUCUGCUUUGUUUUUAAUAGAAAAAGUCCAGAUCUUUGGAAAACUGAGUGUCCCUUUUACAUGUUUUAAAUGAUGUCUGUGCCAGAUAGUACUUUUGAUUUAAGAGGGAAGUUUACAGUUACUGUAUAGUGCCAAGUAUGGAAAUAUUUGCUUCUGAAAUCUGUUUUACUUAAUGUUAUUUCCCAGCUACUCUUUAGAAACUGCAAGCCUUUUACCACCCUAUGGCUGCUAGUUUCACCCUUUUUUCCUUUUUACUCUAGACAGGCUAGACUAUGGAAGUCCAAUCUAUACAUUUCAAUGAAUCCUUCAGUUUCUUCUUGGAAUCAUUUUGCAAGAGUAUAGAAGAGUGUGAUUAUUCUUUAAUAAUUACAUGAUGAAUCUGACCUCAUUUAUAUAAAAAGCUGUGGACUAAAUUGUAGAGACAUCCCAAAAGAAGUGCUCUCAAUAUCCGAGUGCAAAUGUUUGCCCAACAAAAUAGUUAAUUACAUGUACAAAUGCUAACCCAGAUGCAUGCAUUCUUUUAUGUGGAUAAAGAGAUGAACCUGCAAACUUUGGGGGGUGCAUUAAUAAAGACCAUUUUAAAUUUGGGCCCUUUCAAAUGCAGUGGUGGUCUUUCUUUGCACUCUCUUGCCUUUCAGAUUAGUGAAAUGUGCUGCUUCCAAAACAUCUGUAAUCCAUGUUUCUUGAUUCCUAAUCCUAAAGUUUCUAACAGGAACUGAACAUGUUAGCUAGUCCAAGUCCAAUUCAAGUCCAAGUCAGAAUUGCCUACGUAGAAUUGAGUGAUACUGUGUGCAUGUACAGCAACUUGCUCUUAUUUUGAUCAAGUCUGUCCCUGUAACUUUGACUGAAAUAAGUGAUUGGUUUUGUCAUAUAACCAUAAAGAUUCCUGGUAGCCUACAUAGCGUAUGUCCGUGCUCGAAUAGAGCAACUUUUAGAUGUUAGUCAUCUUUGAUUGUCAUAUGCCUUCCUCUGAGCCCUUUUUUAACCUUAUUUGAAAUUUAGCAAGCUUUUUAAAUGUUAACUUUCCACUUCCAAUUAUUCAGUGUCUAACAAUACUUGAUGCUGUUGUCCAAUAAUAGCUACUUAAAGUGAUCAAAAUAAAAGCUGGAAGCUACUUUCACUUUUUUUUAAUGUAGCCUUUGUUCAAACUAACAAAGCUAAAAUUACAGUAAGUAGCAGGUUUUUAAAGCUACUGCACAAUGAUGUUACGUUGUUACUUUUCUGUGUGACAGCAAUUAAUUAGCCUUGUAAUUUAUUUUGAAAAGUGCCUUCCUUUAUAAUCAGCAAUAAUUAAUUGGAAGUUUAGAUUUGUUU